AGAAAGAUGAAGAACGAAUCAACCAUUAUUGAUGUCCCUGCAGAAUCAAGCUCAGCAAUGAAAGGAAAAGCUCCUCUAAUCGGUGUGGCUAAAGACCAUACUACUAGUGGCUCAGGUGGAUACAAGAGAGGUCUCUCGAUCUUCGACUUCCUCCUCCGUUUAGCUGCCAUUGUUGCAGCAUCAGUAGCAGCUGGAACCAUGUUUACAAGCGACGAGACUCUUCCUUUCUUUACACAGUUCUUGCAGUUCCAAGCUGGCUACGACGAUAUACCAACUUUCCAGUUCUUUGUGAUUGCCAUGUCCAUAGUUUCAGGAUAUCUCGUCCUGUCUCUUCCUAUCUCUGUCGUUACCAUCGUUCGUCCUCUCGCCACUGCUCCAAGGCUCCUCUUGCUCGUUCUUGACACUGCGGCCUUGGCGUUUAACAUGGCGGCUGCAUCAUCGGCGACAGCGAUAUCGUAUCUAGCACACAAUGGGAACCAGAACACUAACUGGCUCCCCAUUUGCCAACAGUUUGGUGACUUCUGUCUGAAAAGCAGCGGAGCUGUCGUCUCCUCCUUUGUAGCCGUUGUCUUCUUCACCAUCCUCGUUGUCCUCUCUGGUGUCGCUCUCAAAAGACACUAA